CCUCCUAACGACAGCAGUCAGUGGUUUUUCUGGUUGAUCCGACUGUGUGAGUUCACUGUAUUGUAAAGGGAGCCGUGAAUCGUACCAGGAGAGGGGGGGUCGAUUUGCCGAAAUUCUACCUCUCGGGUGCACGUUCGGAGUCUCGGCGACCACACUUUUAUCGCACCUUUUACAAUUUAAGAGAGAUAUUUUUUUAUUUUUAUUUUUUUAUUAAUUUAUUCUUUCCUGUUAGUUUAUGGUUUACGUUAACACUCCGGGAGGGCAGAAAUGGCGGCCAACAUGUACCGGGUCGGAGAUUAUGUUUUUUUUGAGAACUCCUCUAGUAACCCUUACCUGAUCCGCCGGAUAGAGGAACUCAACAAGACGGCCAGUGGGAAUGUGGAGGCCAAGGUGGUUUGUUUCUACAGAAGGAGAGACAUCUCCCACAGCCUCAUCCAGCUCGCAGACAAGCAUGCAAAGGAGCUGGAAGAAGAGAAAGAGAACCCAACAGAGACAGAGCUGACAGAAAAACAGAAACACCAGCUUCGCCACAGAGAGCUCUUCCUCUCUCGACAGUAUGAGAGUCUACCUGCAACACACAUCAGGGGCAAGUGCAGUGUUGCAUUACUAAAUGAGACUGAAGCUGUUCUUUCGUACCUUGACAAAGAGGAUACGUUCUUCUACUCGCUGGUGUAUGACCCGACACAAAAGACCCUGCUGGCAGACAAAGGAGAGAUCAGAGUGGGACCUCGCUUUCAGGCAGAUGUACCUGAAAUGCUACAAGAGGGUGAGGCAGAUGACAGGGACCUGUCGAAGCUAGAAGAGAAGCUGUGGGAUCCAGAGUGUCCACUCACGAACAAACAGAUAGACCAAUUCCUAGUAGUGGCACGGGCGGUUGGGACCUUUGCAAGAGCACUGGACUGCAGCAGCUCAGUCAGACAGCCAAGCUUACACAUGAGUGCUGCUGCAGCCUCACGAGAUAUCACACUGUUCCAUGCGAUGGACACACUGCAUCGUCAUAAUUACGAUCUGUCCAGUGCACUGAGUGUGCUGGUCCCAGCGGGUGGCCCAGUACUCUGUAGGGAUGAGAUGGAGGAGUGGAGCGCCUCAGAAGCUGCCAUGUUUGAAGAGGCACUAGAGAAAUACGGAAAAGACUUCAACGACAUUCGACAAGACUUUCUGCCAUGGAAGUCUCUGACCAGUAUCAUAGAGUACUACUACAUGUGGAAGACCACAGACAGAUAUGUGCAACAGAAGAGACUGAAGGCAGCAGAGGCAGAGAGCAAACUGAAGCAGGUUUAUAUCCCCACUUAUAAUAAACCCAACCCCAACCAGAUCUCAAUGACCAAUGGCAAGAUGGCGACAGUGAAUGGAGCGGGCCCCGGGGUCUAUCAUGCAGCAGGUGGCGGCAGAGCCUGCGAGAGCUGCUAUACCAUGCAGUCGGCCCAGUGGUACUCAUGGGGGCCUCCAAAUAUGCAGUGUCGUCUGUGCGUAUCCUGCUGGAUGUACUGGAAGAAGUACGGGGGCCUGAAGAUGCCAAGCAGAGCAGAAGCCCCAGAAGAGAGGACCUCCCCGGCUCCAGUGACCACUGAGUCUCGUCCUCGAGGUCAUGGUCCUCGCCAGUCCAACCACAUGGUGCCGAUGCGAAACAGUGGCAGCCCCAAGUCCUCCAUGAAAACCAAGCAGGCCUUCCUGCUGCAAGCCACUCGCCUCACCAAGCUGGCCCGGCACAUGUGCCGUGACAUCAUCAAGCUGCGCCGCGCUGCGCGCCGGCCCUUUAUCCCCAUUAACUGUGGGGCCAUAAAGGCAGAGUACAUGUUAAGGGUGUCAGAAUGGCAGGGGACCCGCCUACCCAAAACCAGAGCCGCCCAAAGGAGCACUCUGACCAGUGUCCUGCAAUUUCUAGAGUCCCGUCCAGCAGCCCACGCCCCUCGCUCCCACCGCACCCCCGGGCUGCAGACACCUCCUCCGCGGCGCCUCCUCUCUUCCCUCCCACACGGCCCCCAUGGCAUGCUGGGAAAACGCAACUACCAUCACCACAGCAGAGCUGAGCCAGACAGGCGCUCAGAGAACCCAGGUACAACAGGUGGACCCCUCCUGCACAACGGCCGCAGCAGCAGCAGCGGAAACACCCGAGGUGGAGUGAUGAUCCGCAAGAGACGCCCUAACUGGAUCGAUGCCCCUGAUGAUAGCUUCUUCCUCGUCACCCGGGAGACCAGGAGGGCCAGACGGCUGCUCUCCCGCUCUCAGCUGAGGCACGCCUGCCGGCAGCCAUGUGAGCAGAUUACCCUACGCAGGGUCUCCCAGGGCCCUCCGCAGGGGCUCGUCCUGGCCCCUCCACACCCUCACCCCAGCCUGAGGAUGCGAGGCCCCAUCGUCAUCCAUGACUGACCGGACACUGACACUGCGGACUCUACACUCACACCUGCAUACACACUAACCCAAUCCCACCUCAUACUGCCCUCCUUUGCUUUGAAGUCUUGAAUUCACAUUUAUAAUCCUCAAAGACACUUAACGCUGAUGAGCCAUGAUGCAAUAGAGGCAUAAAAACUGACCCGACUGCAAGUGCUGCCUGUCUGAAAUCCCCUGGGAGUGUGCGUGUGAGUGUGUGUGUGUGUGUGUGUGUGAGAGACUGUGCCAACAACAGGUGAGAAUGUGGGGGGAAGGUGACGCGUGCUGUUGUUAGCUCUUAUGGAUGAAUGUAAUGAUGUGACCUUUGUGUUGUUGGUGAAUUGUUGUGAAGUUUAAUCAGUUUGUAUAAAGUUAUUUUGGGAGGCGGCUAGGGAUGGGGUGGGGGUGGGGGGCCAUGGGGAUUAGUCUAGGAUGGGAGGGACGUGGUUUUCAUUCGUGAAGGGUAUGUGAUCUUUGGAAGCAAAAAUGUCCGACAAUAAAAAAUAAAAAUGCACUGACUGAACCAGCGGCCUUUAAAGGAAAUAACUGCUGAUCCCCCACCCGUGCUUCAUGCUCAUCCUGAAGACUACAUCAACGAGCUGGAGCCAAUGUUGAAGAACAACAUCCUGCAGACGUUAUUUAACAAAAACCUUGCAUAAAGCCGUUAGUUAAUCAUGACCACUCUGCAGGCUUGGGAAUGGAACAUGGCAGGGAAACUGAGCGUAGAGCUAUGCCUCCCUCAUCGACCGGUGUAUAAUAUGUUGUAUAUCUCAUUACAGCACUGUAAAUCUACUCAUCCUAUUUCUAUGGGCGACUGUAUCUACCUAGCCCUUACUUGGGUACUAAAGCAAAGCUUCUUUUGCAGCAGAAAAGGGCAUGGAUCCAUCAUAUUUCACUCAAGGCUGUGAUGUAACGGCAAUGUUUUGAGGCAGAAAUAAGCAUAUGCAUUUUGCUAUUUGCUUAGGACAUCUAUUUUGGGCAUUGCUUUUCGUUAUUUUAAGCUGCCAGUCAGGUUUUUGCUGUUUCCAGACUUCUUUUUUUUGUCUCUAUCUCUCUCCCUUGCUUCAUGACAGCAUUGCCAGAUGGCCUCAAAACGUUGCUGGUUGACCCGUCCAGCUACCCGGUGUGUUCAGUUCUGAGUUUUUUAAACUGACAUCACCACCGCAUGUCUCUGAGGCGCAAGAGCCUCCGCUGGCCAGUGGGUCAUGUGAUUUCUUCUCUUUCAUUCAGAAUGUUUAUGUUAGUGUUUCCUGUAUGUCUUGUGUUGAAUUAUGAAUAUGCUGAGAACAAUAAUGAUAAUAAUAAAAAGAAAAACAACAACGCAGUGCCAGA